AUGCGCGAGAUGGGCAUCAUCCAAUGGAAGCCCGCUGAUAUGUACGGUGCCGCCCCGAAAGAGGGCCAGCUCAACCUGAACGCUGUCUGGUUCGCCACGAUCGACGUCAACAAGGACACCGAGACGGCCAAGAAUUGGGAUGCUGCGAUAGCGCAGAUGAUGAACGUCGUCCAAGCAGUGUGCGUGUGCAGGGGGGGCAUGGAGGGGGACGGGCCAGAGAUCGAAGAGUAUCCUCUGGUCCUGCCUAUCAGCUCGGACUUCCCCGCGGGAAAGACAGUCGACGACUGGGAAGCAGCCAAGAAGGAGUGCAAUCCCGACUCUGAUAGGUGGAUUUUGGUAAAAUUCUGUCCGGGAAGGGCAAGGAGGAGGCCGAGCUCGAGCUCUCCGACGACUGCGACACAAUGCAAGUCGCAGAUGCCAGCGCUCCGACGACUACCAGGAAGCCCUGAGCGCUCCGACAUCGCCCUGAAGCUUGGACAUCUCAGCAGCUUCCAGAAAUGGAGGGCGGGCCGUUGUCAACGUUCGGCAGUAGUUGCAAGGUGGGAUGGCGGGCCGUCGUCAGCAUGUCAGCGCGGGCUGAAGCUCCAGGAGUCUCCCGUUCAGUUUUUCCCUGCUGUUUUGGAUUCGAUGCGGCUCAGAUGCAAUCGGAAGGCGGUGUGCGAAGCAUUCCAGAUUAAUGACCUCGUCGUCAUUCUCUCGCGUUCCUCCGCGCGGAUCUCCCAGAGUCUCCGCCGCCGGGCCAGUUGUUGCUCCCGUCUCCAUUUGUUCGCAGUGCCUGCAAUUUCGCGCUCCUCUCGUGGCGCCGCCUGA